AUUGUGCAGCUUUUUAGGCAUGAAUCCGGAUACUGCACGUGGGAUUGUGUCUUGCAGCAUCGUGCCUCAAACCUCGAAGUGCUUGCUCAUCAAAUCGCCUCGCUCGACUCCUCCACCUCGUCCACUAUCUUCCACCUUGCUGUUAAACGACGGAUUUUGCCUGAUCGACAAGCAUCAAUCGAGAUCGCCGAUUCAAGUCGAUCGUUAAAACAUCAAUUCAACUCUCACUCAGCUUUGCAUCCUUACUGGCAUUCU